AGAGUUUGCCGAGGACUACAGUGCUUUGAACGAAGGGCCUUCCCCCUAUGUGCUUUCGCUCUGCGUAACUACGGAUGGUUUGUAAAUGGAGCCUAAGAAAUUUUCCACCACACACCUCACGGAUUUUGCGAAGAAACUGGAUUUUAUAAACUGAGUCGCCAUUUCAAGUCGGCAGAAUGCCGGAUAAGGACACUGAUUUGCCUAGAAAUCUAGGGACAUUAUAGCCAACAAGACUGGCUCAUUCGGAAUUACAUGAUCGGACUGUUUUUUUAAUCAAGUUGGAUCUUUGUGGAUGAUGGAUGGCCGAGACUUCGGACCCCCCAGAUCUGUUCACGUACCGCCGCCUCUACUCUCGGGGUUGGCCAUGGAGUCGCACCGACUCGGCGCGGCAGCUGCAGCCGGGAGAAUACCACCGUCUCCCGGUCACCUGGGCGCGGGGCACCCGGCGGCUCUACACGCUGGAAAAUAUCUAUCAUCGGCCAUGAAUUUACAUUCUCACCACAAUGAUGCCUUUCAAGGUGCCUCAAGCCCAUUCCUUAGCGGAUAUAUCAGCGCCUCCAACCCUCAUGGUGGGCCCAACCCACUGUCUUCAGAUCCAGCCUUUCGAACCCCAAACCCAGCCAGCCUGCAGAUGGCCCAGCUAUGGGCCUCUCACCCUCACGAAGGUUUUCCUCACUUGCCAAGCAGUCUGUACCCCAGCCCAUACAUUCCCUUGGGCCACCUUGAUCAUCCACAGCUUAGCCAACAUGCACUCUUUGACUCUCAAAAAGAGGGGUUUUACCUGCCAGGUUCUGCGCACUCCCAGUCUGCAAUGGCUAGGAGCCCAGUGGCUCACAUGCCUGGCCCUCUCUCCCGGGAAAAGGAGGCUCUACCUCCUCACAAAAGCUCUAAAGAUUCAAGCAGGGAGCUGGGCAAAGAGAGGCCCUGUAAGAGUGACCUAGGCCACUCCCUUUCAAGGAAGGAACGUGACAGGCCAAAAGAGGAGUCACGGCCACACAGCGUGGUGGACCUCACCCAGGAUGUCAAGGUGGAAGACGAGCGACGAGCAGGCAACUCGGAGAGUACUGCGAAGAUGGCAGAGCACACUCUUCCUUUCUUUCACCAGCACUCGCCUGCUCUGAGCAACACGGACACUAAACCCAAACAAUCUCACCAGAGCUCAUCCAGUAACUAUGGGACCGGUGGUCCUGGUACACCAGCCCGACACUUGAGUAUGGAACAGGAGAGGAGGGACAGAGACCGGGAUGACGAGAACAGCCGACCAGGGGGCCACCUUUCCAAUGAAAAGCAGAAAAGAUGUGAACCGGUUUCAACAUCAGCUGGCCCUCUGCAUGUGUCAUAUGCCAGUCCUUCUACCCUGCAGCCCAGCCCAUCCCAUCUCCAGCCCAGGCUGGUGUCCUCUAGCACCUACCCUCCCCCUCACCACAUGCCAUCCAGCAUGUACCCGCUCUACUCUACAGCUAAAGAGCCAGGCAAAGAACACAGAGUGAUAGCUCCUACUUAUGUGCCUUCUGUCGAGGUUUACGAUGAGCGAAAAGGGCCAAUUCAAAUUGCUUCCCAAGCUCGAGAUAAUAAAAAUGACAAAAGCAAGGAGAGAGACCAAUACAGAUCUAUCCUGCAGGUGGGAAACGAGAGAACACAUAUGGACAAUAGUCGAUCCUCCGUUAGGAGCGAGUCACCCCCUCACGGGGACGUCAAGAGAGACGUUUUACGUGAAGGCUCUGUAAUUAGGUCAAAUGGUUUGGCCAUGAAAAAGCCUUUGCCUUUGGAUAACAACAUGAAUAAAUCUAUGAACAGCCCAGAUGCUAGGGACUUAACCAACACUACAUCAAAACACAUGAUCAAAACGGGACUUGAGGCUGAAUCCCGCAGCCAGGAGCGAGACAGGGUUCAAAGGUCUGGCCAUUCAUUCUCCGAGUUGGAUCCAAGCACACUUCACUCAGAGCAACACCCAUUAAACGGCUUGGGUUCUACUGAGCCCAAAUGGAAACCUUUUGAGAUGACGAAUUAUGCUACUAGUCACAUGGCCGCAUUGGCGGCCCAACAUGCCCAUGGCCCCAGAGGUGAGGAAGAGGGCAAGCGGAUGUACCUGAACACUACCAGCUUACAUAGACCAGCAGGCAAUGGAGGAAGUCCUAAGGGCCACGGGGAAGUGUCUGCCAUGCAGAGCCUUAUCAAAUACAGUGGCAACUUCUCCAGCGAAUCUGGAUCUAGGCAUGGUUCAGAUAACCGUAGUUCGUUUGGAGGUCUGGGUGGCAUGAAACCUGAGGCAAACUAUCCUGGAGUGUCUAGGGUUCAGCAUCUUCCACCCCAGCAGCUUGGCAAGCAGUUAAAGAAGGAACCAGAGAGACCAGAGAGUGCCAAAUCUUUUGGCAGGGAUGGAAGCUUAUCUCAAGGGGAAGCAGAGGUUCGUCAUCCCCCAGUUGGCAUUGCAGUGGCGGUUGCCCGUCAGAGAGACAACAGCAGCAAGCCCAGCUCAGUAUCGGACAGGGACAGGCCACAUCUUGGAGGAACAAUCAAAGGCCCCAUUCACACAGAAGAGGAGCGGGGAGACGAGAGGGUGCGUCACCGUGACGAGCGCCUUCUCGUGGGACGUGUGGAGCGAGAGCAGGAGAAAGUGUUGCGGGACACUAAAGAAGACUACACUCAGUUGCAUCCACCUAUGGUGUCUGCUAGUGGACUGAACCCCAACCUGAUGGUGACUGGAGGGCCAACGCGCUGGCCUGCUGACCCCACCUCCCACCUGGCCUCUCACCCGUGGCUGCCCCGCCCUGGAGCCCCCUCUAUGUGGCUAUCUGGCUCUCCAUAUGGACUAGGACCAUCUUCUCUCCAUCAGGCCAUGCCUUCAGGAUAUCCUCCUGCACUGACAGGCUCCAUCCCCCCACCCUACCAGUUUGCCCGGGACCCACAAACCGGACAGCUGGUUGUUAUUUCGACGGAGCAUCUGCCGCACUAUGCUGAGAUGUUGGAGCGAGGACCCCCGCUAUGGUCGGCCAUGUACCCGCCGGCAGGAAGCUCUCUACAGCACGCCCAUCAGCUGCAGCUCCUCUCCCACCAGCAGCUCCUGCGCCAACAGGAGCUCUUCAUGAUCCAGCACCAGACCGCACAGGUCAUAGAGCUGCAGAGGAACGCACAGCUAGUGGAAAGAUUUAAUGCAAGUCAACCGAGGCCAGAUUUGGAGGAAAAGCCAGACAAAAGAGGAACCGAGGGAACCAAAGCCAGUCUCUCAGUCAUUCCCGCUCCACUCCUGCACUCACGCAAGCCUCUCCCGCGCUCCCCAACACCCUCCACCUCUUACAACAAAGCUCUGACACCGCUGCCAUCACCCGUUGCCGCAGUGAAGUCUGAAGAAAGACCCAAGGUGGAAAAGACCCUUCCUCAGCAGCCCUACUCUCAACCAUCAUCUCCUGUCCCACACUCGGUCCGCCCUGCUUCAGCCUUACCCUCACACUCUACCGCCUCCCCCAUCCUCCGGCCCAAAGAAGAGUCUGUGGAUGUGCCUGAGAAAGAACCACUCAGUUUACAGAAACAACCUUCUACUCCUUUCUCAUCCAUCUACCCUGAAAUUCCACCUGGCUACCCGUACCAAUCAAUAACCGCUCCGUUCGGUAGCCAUUACCCCUACCUACUCCAGCCUGCCGCUGCCGCAGAUGCUGACGGCCUCGCGCCAGAUGUGCCGCUGUCGGCGGAGACCUCAGAGCACUUGGCGACCGCCCCCGAUGUCAAACCUCGGCACUUGUGUUCUCCAGUGGUGGUUGAGCCACUUCAGGUGUGUAGAGAGCCAGAGCCCAUGGAAGAGGGCAGUGCACCAUUCAAAAAAGAGGAUGGAGAAGAUGCCCUGAUUCAGAACAGCCCAAGAAGACUCAUCCAUUCUUCACCCAUCACAGUCCAAGACUCCAUCACCCCUACAGAUGCCGAAGCACAUCCCAUUGCCACAGUCACACCACCACCUCAGGAUGAACAAGAACAGGAUGGCAAAGAGUUCAUCAGAAUCAAAGCGGUCUCUUCAAGCCAUCCAGGACUAUACGCCUCAUCUGGGCUGGACUCUGAAAGAACCAGCGCAGUAGAAGGUGCCCAGAGCUCGAUUGGUCUUGUAGACGAAGCCUACCAGUCCACAUUGACAUAUACUGACAACCCUGUGGCUUGUGACGUACAACCAGCAUACCCACCCUCAGGUCUUUCUGAUAGACUGAGCCCUGUAGACCUCAGAGAACCUGUUCUUGAUGGUCCACACCUAGAGUCCAAACAUGACAAUCUCUUCCUUCCUAACAGUAGCCCUCCUCACCUCCGGCCCUCCUCUGUACCGGUAGCCAUCCUGCCUGAAGACCCUAUGGCAGGCAUGAUCGCACUGGUCACGGCCAGUGAGCUUCCUCAGGCCGGACCUCUGUCUAUUGUAGCAUCUACCUUUACAUCUGAGCUCUGCCCGGAUGUCAGUCCGCUAGAGUCUACUGCUCUGGAGGGCAUGGCUCUGCUCAGCCAGAUGGCAGAACUGGAGAUGCAAAGGCAACCCACAGAGGACACGCAGGGCAUAAUGCUUUGUGGACUGGAGAGCCUGUUGGAAGCUGGCAGGCAGAUCCUUCUGGAGGCCAUCGAGUGUCAACCUCAGGUUACCAUACGCCUCCCCCGAGAGCUCAAUCCUAACAAGAAAUACAGCUGGAGGCAGAAGAAAGAUGAACCUAUGUUCUCCAAAUCCUCUUUGGAGGGAAUGGACACCGCAGAAGUGGACUUUCGCGUGAGGCUUGCCGAGCUCCAGCAGCAGUACAAAGAAAAGCAAAGGGAGCUUGUCAAGCUGCAGAGACGGAAAGACAAAGAAGAGAAACAUCAGCAGCAGCAACAACAACAGAUCCAGCAGCAGCAAGAGAGGAACAGAAGUUUAGCCCGCAGGGGCCCAGGACGUCCCAGAAAAAGGAAACAUGGCCUAUGCGCACUGUCUCCACCCUCCAGCAUGUUGGAUUCUAAGUGUGCAAAGUUGGGCAGAAGCGCGCUGUACUCUGAGGACUCUGAGAGCGGCGAGGUGCUGAGGAAGCGCUUUCGGGCCUCUAAUAGAGACGAGGAGGAGGAUGCCAGCGCCUCGAGAUUGAAGAAGAAAAAAAAGAGCUGGAUUGAGCAAGAGGCAUCUUUAAGAUACUCUCACGAGACACCCAAAAUGGGCAUGAAAAAGGGUCGUGUGAGUGAGCAGGAGCAGUUGGCAUCCAAACUUGACAAGGCGUUAUCCCUCACGAAGAUGGGGAAACUCAGCAAACCCUCUUGUAAGUUCAUAGACGGUUCCUCAGGGAAGUCCAGGGCUAGCUCUGGAAGCAGGAUCCCAAUGCUUACUGACAUAGACAUGAGAGUCAAGAUGGGGAAAUCAAGCCUGUCUAAAGAUCUGAGCAUCUUUCACAAGUCUUCCAAAGGAGGUAAAAGUAAAUUGGGUACCAAAACGAAGCCUUCAGAUCCAUGCCUUAAAGGGAAAGGCCAGCAGAAAGCUCCUUAUUCUCCAGUGAGGUCAGAAAUCAGCAGCUAUUCUAACAACACGGAUUCAGAAGAGGAUGAUUCCCUGCAGGAUGGCUGGCCUCCCAGCUCCAUGUUGAGGAGAACAAGGCCACGUUCGGAGCUUCCCGGCCUGUGCAGCACUCAGUCGUCCAAGAAAAAGCGCUCGUCGUCCAAGAGAGCCUCUUCAUCUUCGUCAUCACUCAAGUCCAAGCAGGCAGCCAAAGAGAGGAAACAUAAGCACUUUGCUUUAUUGCUUCAGGAGGCAGGCGUCAGCUCUUCUGAGGACUCAUUUGACCAAGAAUAUUUCACCGAGCGAGAUGAUUAUGAUGACGACGAUGAUGAAGACGAGUAUGAUUACGAGCUUGAUGAGAGUGACGGGCUGUGUUCGUCAUUUGUAGAAGAGAGUGGACUGGGUCUUCUGGCACGCUUUGCUGCCAGUGCCAUCCCCAGCCCCAUUAUCACCAAUCCCAUCUCCAUCGUCCAACUAGAGGCUAAACAAAAAGCCAAGAAGAAAGAGGAAAGGCAAAGUCUUCUUGGUACGGAGUUUGAGAUUACUGAUUCAGAAAGCGAUGUUAAGACAAGGAAGAAGUUCCCAUCUCUGUUGCACGGUAAGCGAUCGGCUCCAGAACUUCCUCUUUUGCCACCCGCUAGUGUCAUGCGUGUCGACUCCAGCCCCAGCAAGCGUGGACGGAAACCCAAGAAACCCAAGUCUCCCCGGGAGUUCAGUUUCGACCUCACCGCUGAUGGGAGCGAAGACGAACAAUGGACCCGAAGAAGAAGCGAGCGCAUCUUCCUCCACGAUGCCGCCCAAGCCAACCCCAUCUCUCCAUCUAACAAAACCCCUCUUCCGCUCACUCCCAAACCUGCCCGUGGCCCCAAAGCAUCUUCACACGGCCCCAAGGAGCUGGCCAGAGCAAAGGAGGUGAAAGACCCCAACAAAAAGAAGAGGAUUAAGGAGACCCCCCUGUGUCUGCCCCCACCCCAGCUCACCAGUACACCCACUGAAAACUCUGGCGCUCUUCCUGUCAGUCCAGGGUGCAAGACCAAGGUCAAGACCAAAGCCAGAGAGCAGGCCCGAGGGAAGGGCGGCGCUGUCAGUAAACUAAUGGAGAGUAUGGCUGCCGAUGAAGACUUUGAGCCCAACCAAGACAGCAGCUUCUCGGAGGACGAGAAUCCCCCCAUGAGUGCUCAGCCUGAAAGACCCUCAACUCCCGCCCCCCGGAAUUGUGUCAUUAACAAAGAUGAACUCCAGGAUGGAUUGCGAGUGCUCAUCCCUAUGGAUGACAAACUGCUGUAUGCCGGACACGUCAACACCGUUCACUCUCCUGACAUAUACAGUGUGGUGGUGGAGGGUGAGAGGGGGAACAGGCCACAUAUCUACUGUCUGGAGCAGCUGCUACAAGAGGCGAUUAUUGAUGUGAAACCCCCAUCGGUCAGAUACCUUCCCCAGGGGACCAGAAUAGCAGCUUACUGGAGCCAGCAAUACCGUUGCCUUUACCCUGGCACGGUUGUCAGAGGGUGCCCUGACAUGGAAGAAGUGGAUGACUUGAUUACGGUGGAGUUUGAUGAUGGAGACACUGGCCGAAUCCCACUCUCACAUAUUAGACUGUUGCCGCCGGACUACAAGAUUCAGUGUGCUGAACCAUCUCCUGCCCUCCUUGUGGCCAGCACCAGAAGACGAGGAAGGAAGUGUAGUAAGGAUGCACCUGAUGGCAAAGAGACGACUCCUAAAAGCACAGAAGAGGCUGCCCCAAAAAGUAGAGGACGAGGAAGGAAACCCAAACCCAAGCCAGAGUCUGAAGUCGCUCCAAAGGAGCAUGAAAAGACUGACACACCGGCCCCAAUGCAGGUCCCCGAGAGGCCCCUGUCCAGCCAUAAAAGCAGCCCACGGCCAGGUAGAAAAAUUAAGCAAGUCGGCACAGCUAGCCCCUCCAUCCCCGUAUCUAAUGAAAGCCAGAAGAAAACCACAGGAAUCAAGCCCCCAGCCAAAGUACGUUCCCAGCCACAGUCUGUGUACUAUCCACCGCUCUACGGAAAAGUUCUUUCUGUGGAUCUCUAUAAUGAGCCCUCUACUUCUGUGGCCUCCUUUAUUUCCAACAAUGAGACGGAAAAUCCCGCAGGGAAAGGAAAGCCAGUCAAGCGCUUGCGAAAAGCUGAGGAGGAGACAUUUGGUGUAAAAACGCAGCGCAAGCAACCUCAAACUGAGAUCCUUAUCAAGCUUGACCAUGAGGGAGUCAUGUCGCCCAAGACCAAGAAGACCAAAGCCCUGAUGAUGAUGGAAGGCCAAAACCUUUCCAAAAGAGAGAAUAAGCCUGUGAUGGGUGUCAGCUACACUACUGUGUCCACUUCAGGAGCAACUGACAAAACUUUCAAAGCUAAAACCAAGCCAGUUGAGACUGACCCCUCAGAGAGUGCGUCGACCUACAGUGUUCGUAAGAUGGGGAGCAGCAGUGAGGGUCUGAUAAAGGUCAGCGGCUCUUUGGAGAAGGAAAAGGAGCCGGAGUGUCCCAAUUGCAGUAGCAGUAGCAGCAGCAGCUCGGAGUCAGAUGGAGAGGAGGAACAAAGAACCUUGCAGGAAAAGAAAUCCAAACAAGACUCAACCAGCUCCAACAGCUCACGGGCAUCAAGCCCCACCUCUUCCAGCUCCUCAACCAGUAGCUCCUCAUCCUCAGCUGGAUCCCACUCCUCCUCGUCAUCUUCAUCAUCCUCCACCACCAGUGAUGAAGAAUCCUCCUGCAGCUCCGAUGAAGAACCAGUGCCUGUGUCCCAAACAUCUUCUGCCGAGCAGGCAUCACCUGAAGAGGAAGAAGAGGAGAAAAUUAAGGCCAAACCAGGGCCUUCUUCUAACCUCCAUAAGCUUCAGAAGCAGCAGGCAUCUACAACACAACAGCAACAACGAGACCCGCAGCAAAAACCCCAGAAGCAACAGAAAGUGAAGCAGGGUGUUGGCCGUCCCAAAAAGCGAGAGGGAGUCCACCUCCCAACAACUAAGGAGCUGGCAAAAAGACAGAGACUCCCGUCUGUAGAAAACAGACCCAAGAUUUCGGCUUUUCUUCCUGCCAGACAGUUGUGGAAGUGGUUUGGGAAACCUACUCAGAGACGGGGAAUGAAGGGGAAAGCCAAGAAGCUUUUUUACAAAGCUAUAAUGCGAGGGAAGGAAAUGAUCUGCAUUGGGGACUGUGCCGUGUUCCUUUCUGCUGGACGACCCAACCUUCCCUUUAUUGGACACAUCCAAAGCAUGUGGGAGUCAUGGGGAAGCAACAUGGUGGUCCGUGUCAAAUGGUUCUAUCAUCCAGAGGAAACCAACCCUGGAAAGAAACUUCAUGACAAAAAGAACUGGGAUCAAAUGUCUGGCCAAAGUCUUCCUGCUGUUCUGCAAGCUUCCAACCAGAGGAAAGACUUCAUGGAGCGGGCCCUAUACCAGUCCUCUCAUAUUGAUGAAAAUGAUGUUCAGACCAUUUCGCACAAAUGUCUGGUGGUCAGUCUUGAGAAGUAUGAACAGAUGAUUAAAACUAAGAAGUAUCAGGACAGUGAGGAUCUCUACUACUUGGCAGGAACUUAUGAACCCACCACUGGAAUGAUCUUCAACACAGAUGGGGUUCCUGUCAUCUGCUGAGGAUCAACAAAUCAGGCAUAUAAAGCAAAUGGAGUGAGAUACCAGAUACAAGGGCUUGACAGUUGUACUGGCUUUACUCAAAGCCCAACUAAUCACAUAGGAAUCAUAAACACUUGACUCGAGAUGCAAACGUUGAAGCGUCAGUUGAGACCAGAUUUUUUCAUCUGGCAUCAGACUACUUUUGUCACACCCGUGACAUGUUUGCACGUCAUUUCAAACAUGAUGGUAACUUGGAAUCGCUUAGUAUUGUAUAAUUAUGAGCUUGGAGGUCAGAUGUGAAAUCCAGUGUUUGGCCUGUUCAUAGAGCGUCUUGUCUACCGUUGCUGAUGGGAAUAAUGUCCUUGGAAUCUCCAGUCAAGAGCGGAAGAGAGAAAUAUGUCAAAAAUGUCUUGAAGGUCAAUGGUAUCUCCACCGCUGUGCUCCUUCGUCUUACCAAUCACCGGCGCAGCUGGAAUGGAGGUGACACCAAUUCUGUGGGACUCAUUCUGCAUGGUGAGAGGGUAGGCAUGGAACCAGCUUCCUUGGCCCUGGGGCCAGUGCACAAGAAGAGUAAUUUAACCUGACAGGCUCAAGUCACACUUGCCGUUCCUAUCUGCCCAGAGAGCAGUCUCCACCACGUGUCCUGCUCUCCAAUGUACUGCUAGUAGAACCAUGCCAGAACUGCAAGGACUGGCUAAUGAACUUGGGACAGGUGAAACAAUGCUAUAUGUAAAGCUGUGGCCUACGUGAGGAGCACUUAAAAGAAAUGUUUCCCCCUUGCUCCCAACACAAGGACAGAACCGUGGUCUGCAAGCCUUGAAGGACUGUUUAUUAACAGGAAAGUGUGAGUCACUUUUCCACGGAGCAGCCCAAAAGAUCUAUCAGAAUAUUUAUUCGAUUCUUGCUCAGCCACCGAAGCAGAACGGUUUCGUUUAUGAGUCGGCAGCUCUGGUGGGACUGAAUAGAUUCUGAAACGUCAUGCAGAUGUGACCACAUUUGUAAAUACAUGCAUACAAGCUAUAUACAAUAUGGACAAAUAUUUUAUUUUCGUGUACCAUAGAUUUAUGUGACGGUAAUUUUUUUAAAGCAGCGACAGAUGAAAAAGCUUUAAUAAACUGUGAAUACAAUUUAAAACACAAAUAUCAGGAACUAGUUUUAAAGAAGAUCUUAAAAAGUUGUUACUGGAAACUCUCAGAUGUCCACUACAUUGACGACGUAAUGUAAUGUAAUCUUGUUGUCGAAGCUACUAUUAGAGGACAGAUGGUUUGAGGGAUUCGACAGUGUUCAGAGCCAGUUGUCCCAUAAUGCAGUUUUACAACAGAAAGCACUUAAAUUCUGCCCUUAGUCUUACACAGGACAGAGAUCCCUUUGACAAUCCCCUACACAGGUAGAUGCGAAACAUUUGUGGGAAAAUCUUUUUCGCUCUCUCUCUCAUUGCUUCUCAGGGUCAGUGAGAGUAUUUUAAAGCACCAUAUAAUCAGACUGUGCUUGCUUAUGUCUAUUUUAAUUGGCUUGUCCGUUUUUGUAGAAUUACCCCCAAUCUUCCCCACAGAAAGCAAUUACAUCUCAUGCAUGAAAGCACUUUCUUAAAGUAAACUAAUAGCUGAGCAAAUCAGAGCAGAGGCACAAACGUUAUCUGUUAGCAACAGUUGAAAGCGAAGGUAUUGUCGCCUUCCUACGUUCUCUCAAAUAUUAACUUUUCUGAUUCAUGGCCUUAAUACCAUUAAACUUGGUCCCUACAAGCUGGCAGAAUCAAAGCCUGAAUAUUGUCUUUCAUAAACAAGUCCCACUGAUUGAUAUUGUUUUUCCAAAGAAAGUGGCAUCAGUCAAAAGAGGAUUUGGUGUGUUGUUAGGACCAGGCUUCAUAUUCGCUGCUUCUCCAAUCAAGACUAGUCAAAUAUACUUGAUUUAUGGUGUCAUUGCAUGCCUGAAUACCCAGUUUUUACCCAUUAUUUUCCAUAAUUGUGACUAUGGUUGUUAUUGUGGCUCAUUUAAAUGGUUAAGAAGAGGUAUGAAUGUCACAUGCUAUUCAAAUAGAUGCAUUGUUUUUUUUUAUGAAGCAAAACUAUUUUAAUAUUUCUACUGAGUGUUCAUAUUUUCAAAACAGACCCGAUUGAUUAUAUUUCUGCAGUUGCCUUCUUGAGUAUGUUUGUUUUUAUCUUGCCAAUUUUUAUAACUCUGUAUUUCUUUCUACCUCCCAUUGUGGUUCAGCGUUUCAUUUAUUUAAUUUGAUAUUUUCUCAAUAUUUUUUACACUCAUGAGAUGUUUAAAUCAUUGCCUGUAUUUUUUUUUUAUAUCUGUUGCCAUGAGUACCCCACUGUCUUUGUGAAUGUUGAUCUAAAACUUCCUGAAUGUUCUAUUUUUUAUAUUUUUAAGGGAGGAUAGAGAGAGAUUGAGAAGCUUAUUGACACUAAAGACUUUUAGUCUUUAUAAUAGAAACAUUUUUGGCCUACUCAGUAUUUCUUUCUAUAUAUAUAUUACAAUUGUGUUGACACUAUUACAUAUAGUAUAACGUUAAAUGAUAAAUAAGUCUUCAUGUACGGUUCAUAAUAUAACAUUGCCCAAUCUCUCUUAAAGAGAUGAUUUUUCUUGUUGAUAUUCAAUAGGUUGUAUUUCUUAAUGUUUUUUCAUUGAGUGUUUGGUCUUGGGGUUUAAAACAACAUUCAGCCUAUUCUGGUUCAGACUGUUUUCAAAGUCGCCUAAUUUGGUUGAGUUUUUCACAUACCCAAAGCUUAUUCAAAUGCCAAAUAUUUCUAAAAUGCACAGGAAAUCUGAUGCGACGUUUAAGUUAGCCGUUUUCGAAUCGACACAACUUUUGAAUGCAGAAUUGAUUGUGUUUUGCCUGUUUAUCAAGUUGAACAAUUUAAGUGCCCCUAAACACAAAAGUUUACCCGGAGCUUGAGUCAAGCUGUAAAGCACUUUUAGAGUAUUUUUGUCUGCAUGUUUUAGAAAUGGCAUAUAUGCUUCUAGAAAUAAUAUUAGAGCAAUCAACAAAAUAUAUAUAUUUUGCUUAUUGUGAUGUAGUGUAAAGUAAACGGAGAUACAAAUCCAACCGUUUUCCCUCAGGUCACCGUAAGAAACGGUGACCUCUGCUGGUAGCACAUGUGGGUUGAAUUGGUGAUGUACUCUGCUACUCGUCCAGGGUCUGUUUGAGUGUCUUAUGCUGUUUAAGGUUUAACUGGCUUAUUAAAGAAAACUGCAUAUAGCCGAAUAGAAGCUUAAUAGACUUCACUGUUUGCAUGAUUCUGUUCAAGCUUUUCGUUUUCUUACUUUAUGACAUUCCCCCUCUCAGAACAAUGGUCCUCCAUGCUUAAUGUGCAAUACUGCUGAAAUUUGGAUUGUGUGAGGUAGCUGCUAGUGAGGGAACGAGCACGUACGUGAAUGUGGGAGAUGAGAGAAAGUUAGUGUGGACUGGAGGCUGGUCCUUCACUGGUCUUCAUCUGCUGUUCCUUCAGCAUUGGUAAGGUCCUGUUACAAAAAAGAUAAAAAUUAUAGUUUUGAAAUUAUUAUUUGAAAUGUUAAAGCAUCAAGGUUUUGUAAAUGAUCCUUUUAUGAGAGGGGGAGAUAAGUAUGAAUAUACUUUUUACACCUUUAAUCUUGUAAAAAAAAUUCAAUAUAAAUGUAAAAAAAAAUUAAACUGACAUUAAUGAUUGCUGUUGACUUGUGUGUAAAAUUAAUGGAGUAUGAAUUUUUUUUUUUACAGACACAACCAGCAUUAUCAGUGUUUUUCAAUUCUUUUAGUAUCUCAGUAUUUUCUAGUUCAUCAAUAAAUGUCAUGAAAUGGAA